CAAAAGAGCGAAAAAUAUGUCAUAUUGUAUGCCUCACAAACUGGUAACGCGGAAUGGAUCGCGAAAAAUAUUCACCAAGAGGCAAAUGAGCGGGGGUUCUCUGGAGAAUGCCAUGUUAUGAAUGAACAUGAUAAGGUCGAUUUGGAGAAAAUCGAGGUAUUAAUUGCAGUUACUUCGAACACGGGAGACGGUGACCCACCAGAUAAUGCUAUAAAGUUCUUUAGAUUUUUGCGAAAGAUCAAGUCAAAAACGUUUUUUGCGAAAACUAGAUUCGCAAUUUUGGGGUUGGGUGAUACAAAUUACGCGAAUUUUAACAAUACAGCCAAACGAUUGGAGAAAAGAUUUUUAGAGUUAGGAGGCGCCGCAUUCUAUGAAAAAGGAUUGGCAGAUGAUGCAACUGGACUCGAGAGUGUUGUUGAUCCGUGGAUUGCAAAUUUAUGGCCAGCUUUAGAAAAAGUCUGUAUAAAAAAAGACAAAAAAUCUAAUGGACAAAUUGAAAAAAUCGCUUCUUCAGUAGCGAACAUUUCAGUAAAAGAAGUAAAAGAUAAUAAAACCAAUUUACAAUCAAUAAAAACAGAACCAGAAAAUUCGUUGACAAUUGUUACAAGAGAUGAAUCAACAAAAACAGUAGCCACAUCCGAGAAUACAUUCAAUGGUGUCACAGUAUCAGAAUCGACGUUAAAUCCUCAACCAAGUGACGACAAAACUCUUGUUCCAAUACGUAGUGAAAGAAAAGGCUCAAAAUUAAUAAUAGAUCUCUCUGAUCUCGAAUCUGUCACACAACUGACUUCUCUACCACGAAUUCCCACUGCAAUAUGUAAAAUAACGAAAGUUGAUUCUGAAAUUAAAAAGACAUUAUCAAAAAACAAAUACAGCUUUCAAUCGAUCCCAACUUUUAUACAUACACCAACGCGUGUUUUUGGAGCAAAAAUUUCGGCAGUUCGUUGUUUAACUCAUCCAACUGCGUUAAAAAGAACUUUACAUUUGGAAUUGGACGUUAAAGAUCAUCGAGAUGAUAUAGAAUUUGUGCCUGGUGAUGUUUUUGGUAUUUUAGCACCGAAUGAUGAGGAAUUUGUUUGGACAUUAUUGAAAACACUUGGAAUUGAUCAUGAUGAAGCUCAAAAGACUGUUAACAUUGAGGCUAUGGAAGGGGCUGAACUUCCAACUCAUCUGAAAGAUGCAAAAUCAACAUCGGUUUAUGAACUAUUUCGUUAUGGACUUGAUUUGACUUCUAUACCUCGAAAAGCUUUAUUAAGGCUUUUGGCAGAAUAUGCGACUGAUCCCGAAGAAAAAAAGACGCUGUUAUUUUUGUGCAGAAUCAAUCAAUUCAACUGUCUACGUGAGCAACUGCCUACACUACUGGAUUUACUUCUGACUUUUCCUUCAUCGAGACCGCCGAUCGAACGAUUGUUAGAUGUUUUACCACCUCAUCAACCUCGAUAUUACUCGAUUGCUAAUUCACCUUUAGUAGACCCUAAUAAUCUACACAUAGCAUUCAAUAUAGUUCAUUAUAAUACACCCGAUCCCUUUGCUGUUUCUAAAUGGGGGAUAUGUACCCCAUGGCUAGAUGAAUUAAGUGGACGAAUAACCACCACAAACGUUAGAACGCCUCUCCUUUCGCCCGUUGAAAUUCCAAUUUUUAUGAAACCAAACGAGCAUGGAUUUGCCAUUCCAAAGAACACUAAAAUUCCCUUGAUAAUGAUUGGACCCGGAACUGGCAUAGCACCAUUCAUUGGAUUUCUUCAACAUCGAGAGAAACUACGUGAUAUUCGUCGAAAAAUGUCCACGAUCGGCUUACAUGCACGUCGUGAAAUCGAUAAGCAAUUUGGUGAUCUUUGGUUGUUUUACGGGUGUCGUGACAGGGAGAAAGAUUUCUUGUAUAAGGAUGAAUUAGAAGGAUUUGUGGAACGUGGUGUCUUAAAACAACUUGAAGUUGCUGUUAGUCGUGCUCCAAGUGCUGGUGAACUUGGAAAACCUAAAUAUGUGCAAGAUUUGAUUAAGAUUCGUGGAAAAGAAGUCUACGAGUUGAUUAAUCAAAAGGGGGCUGACGCAAAGGGUAUGGCUAAAGGGAUUAACGACGCCUUAACUGAUAUCUUGGUCGAACACGGUAAUAUGGAUCGCGUAGAAGCUUCAAAGCUACUUUUAACUUGGAUCCAAGAAAAACGUUAUCUUCGAGAUCUGGUAAAGUUUUUUGCCAUUUAA